AUGUCAUCAGUUUUAAAAAGCAAAAUUUUGAAACCGUUUCUAAGGUUUACAAAAAAUCUUUCUUCAAAUAAACUUCAUAUGAGUAUAUUAAAAGGUGUCUUAGAAUUGGAAACAUUAGAACUGGAAGAGAAUGCUUUAAUGGAGUUACUUGAUUUACCAACAUGGUUAUUAUUGCGUAAAGCAUUUUGUACAAAUGUUGUAGCAAAAAUACACUGGACAAAGUUAAAAACUCAUCCUGUUCUGAUUAGUAUUGAUCAUGUAAAGAUUGAAUUGCAAGCGCUUGAUGAACCACGUCCAGCUUCACAAUCACCUAUAGCUAAUUACAGAGGUGGAUCUGGUAAAUAUGGAUUUAGUGAUAAAGUAAUCGAUGGUGUCACUAUUCAAGUGAAUUCCGUUUUUAUUGAAUUCUUUGCUCAAGCUUUUCAAGGUUCAGUUGAAUUAUCUAGAUUUUGUGUACUAAGUAAAUCACCGAAUUGGCGAAGUUGUUUAUUAAAUUUAAGCACUCUAACACUGCCACAAUACGAUUCAAUAUUGAUAUUCAAAGAAGUCUCUUGGGAAUCUGCACGUAUUGUAGCUGAUGGUCUACUAACUGAACUACGUGGUACACCAGUUAAACUUAUAACAAAUCAAUCACGUGUACGUUUAACAAUGAAAAAACGAUUAUCUGAUGGAUCAUUAAUUAGUUCACGUAUUCAUCUUAUACUGGAUGAUUUACUAUGGAUAUUCACAUUAUCACAAGUUGAAGCAGCUAUUGUAUUUGCACGUUCUUUAGAACAUUCAAUACGUUUAGCCAAUGAACAGAGUAAACGAUUCGCUGCAGAGAAAGCAAAAGUGAGUAGAUUUAAAAAUUCAUCACUUAGAUUUUACGUUUUACCAGAAUUAACCUGGCCUAAUUGUCAUGAAUUCUAUCAAGCACGUGAUCAUUGGUUAAAAGGUAUUCAUCCAAUUCAUUUUACCUAUAAUAAUGGUAAAUUAUUCAAUACACAUCGUAUUUCAUCUAUGCCUACAACAACAACGCCAACUGAUAAUCAAUCUAUUCUAUUGGAUUACAAUUUAUUACAAACAAUGAAUACAACCAUUUUACAAAGUGUUGGCUAUUUUCGUUUAAUUGAUCUCAUUGUAUCAUGUGUAUCUUAUCCGAAAUCGUCAUCAUCAUUGUUGAAAAGGGACAAUAAUAAUAGUUCAUCGACGGCGUUUUCCAAAUUUGCAAAAAUCAAUAAAGGCUUGCAUACUACUCACAGUAAUAUUAAUAAUAGUAAUAAUAGUAAUAGUAAUAACAAAAAUCAUGCACGUAUCCAAGCUGAAAUUCCAAUUGAUAAGAAUAUUUUUAUUGGAUCCGAUAAAUUAUUGCAUAAUCUACCAGUGACAUCAUCAUUUCUUACUGUGGAAUUGAAAAAUUAUUAUCAUUGUUCUAGUAGUACUGCUACUACUACUAGUACAGAUGAUGCAACGAAUUCGAAAUGUUCCAAUCAAUCUUUACCAUGUUCAUUGUUUUGUCAAAUUAAUCCUUUUCAUAUAAAUUUUGAUCCAGAUACUGUGAUUUGGUUGAAUGCAUUUUUAUUGACAUUACAAUUGAAUUUGUCAACUUUUUUAUCCGGUAGAGAUCAAAGUAAUCCAUCGGAUAAACAAUUAAAUAGUUGGUUUGAUUUAAACCGAUAUCAUGUACGUGUUGAAGCGUUAAUGCCUCGAUUAAUAUUCUCAUCAUUAUUUGGACCAUCUAAUCGUUAUAUGAAUUCAUCGAAUUGGAUUGGACCACAUGCACUUGUUUUACAAUCCGAUCAAAUUAUUAUACAAUCAUUAGCAGCUCCAAUUUCAUUGAAUAUUGCUGAUUGUUUAAAACAACUAUUGAAUAAUUUACAUUCAAAUUCUAAUCAAUAUGCGACUAGUAUGAAUCACCAUCAUCAUAAUCAUCAUCAUCAUCCAUUCAAUGCACGCUCGAUUCCGCGUAAAUCAGUGAAUUUGUUUAAAUUUCAACAAUUAGCUGAAUCCGCUACAGAAUUGCAUAGUUUAUAUCCAAAUUUCGAAGAACAAUUCUGGUGUAUUCAUUGUCCAAAUGUAUGGAGUGAAUUUCUUACGCUAAUCGAUAUGGUAACUAAUUCUUCCGAUCAACAUGAUCAUAAUCAUAUCAAUGAUUUUAUGUUAUAUCGUCAAUCAUUCAUUGAAUCGUUUCCUUUAACAAUCUGGUCAUUAAUACCAAUCAAUAAUAGUGAUAAUAAUAAUAACCAACCAUCUGUUCAAUCUCCAAUCUCUAUUCUAAUUGACAUUGACAAUAAAUUCAUUCCAAUGGAUGAUUCCCAAUCACCGGCCAAUUCCACUCAAAUGAUGAUCAAUAAUGAUCAAUCAUCAAUUGAUCAAUGUCCAAUUAAAGUUGCCCUCGGUUCCAUUGAUCAUUUAUCAACAAAUUCUCAUUUAUUCACUUAUCUUAUUAAUCAAUCCGAUAGAAAUGAAGAAACAUUGAAAAUUAUUCCUGAUCUAUUUCAUCAAAUUGUAUUGUUAUUUUAUAUUGUUGAACAAAUUUCUUAUGUACAAACUCAUUUCGCUAUAGAUUAUCAAGAAUUUUUACUAAUGACUAAAAAUCAACAACAACAAUCCUCGUUAUUGACGCAUCAUGCGUCAUCGCCACCAGUAAUCAAUAAUGAUGUUUCAUUAUUGUAUUGUAUCCAAUUUUCUACAUUUCGAUCAAUUGAAUUAAAUGUAAAUUAUUUUUGUCAUGAAAACAAAUUAUUAUCUGAUCAAAUUCCGACAGAAUCAAUCUUAUCCACUUGUUUAAAUGAGAAUAAUCAUAAUAAUACUAAUAAUAGUAAUAAUGAUAAUAAUAGUAAUAAUACUGAUCAUCAUCCUAAUAUUGAUAUGAAUCAAAAUGUAUUCGUUGAAAAUGUCAGUUAUUUUCCAAAAAAAUCUUUAUCAACCACAUCAUUGACAGCUUCAUCACCAUCAUCAGUGGGAUCUUUGACAAAAUUUUCACAUUUUUCUACACCAUCUCCUACUACUACCACUGGUACUAUUGGUGGUGGCAAUGGUUGUUGUGAAUCAGUGGCGUUAUCUUCUCAACCAACUCCCCUACCACGACUAUUACGUCAUCAUCAUUCCAUGUUAACACCUUCAUUGGAUACAUUAUCAUUGAAAACUGGUGGUAGUUUUGUGUUAAACAGUAAUAUUAGUAGUAGUAAAUCAAGUAUAAUCAAUUUUCGUAAAUCAAUGCGUGGACGUAUUCAUUCAUCAGAGGAUAGGCAACAAUCCACAUUCUAUUAUAAUGAUUGUCAUUUUAAUAGUAGUAUUGGAAUUAUUGAGAAUAAUAAAAAUAGUAAUAAUAAUAAUAAUAAUAAUAAAUAUAUGAAUAAGUUAAUUAAUUCUAAUUCAUUAUCGCCUAAAAUAUUUUUAAAAAAAUAUCGAAAUCGUUCAAUAGUUCCUCCAUCUGUUAAUAAUAAUGAUAAAAAUGAAUGUAACCCAGUUGUGAAUGGAGAUAAACAGUCACAAAAUACACCACUUUCUGAAAAUAAUCUUCCUCUUACGUUUAAUUCUGUUGUGGAUGAUGUUUUAUUAAACAAUUCAUCUACUAAUCAUAUGAAUCAUCAGUUUUCAAUUUCCAGUGAUUUAUCUGAUCUACAAAGUAUAUCCGGUUCAACAGAUGAUUGGACUAAACCAUAUGAAGCUUUAUCUGAUGUAAAAACAUCAUGUACAAAUAAAAAUGAUGAUCUAUUUUUACUGCCACUUCAUCAUCAGCAUUCAUUCAAUUCAUCAUCCCUUCUAUUGGGUCCAGAUGAAAUUGGUUCAGAAUUAUCGGAUGUAGAUGUUUUCACACCACCAGGUACAUUGAAUUCUCCGACUACUACUACUAAUACUAUGACCACCACUAUUGAUCUGACCACAGCAUCAGCAUCAGCAGCCAACGAACAGGCAAAAUCACAAGAAAAUACUACUGAUUAUGAAAGAUUUUAUCAAUGGAAAAAGUUGAAUCUAUCAAGUGUCAUUAUACAAUUGACUGGAUUUUCAUGUGAAGCAGAUGCUACAAAUUUAGAAUCACGUUUUUGGAUUGUAUUCAAAUCACUUCAAUUAUUUACAAAACAUGAAGAAUCAUUAGAUUGUUGUAUUACUUCUCCUUUCUCUCCAACUCAUAUUGAUUUGAAUCAAACACCACAACAUCAAAAAUGCUUACAAUCAAAUUAUUUAUGGUCAAUUUUUCUAAGUUUCGGUGGUGAUCCAACCAUAAGUGCUGGUGGUGGCGGCGGCGGUGACCUUGGGGAAUUCAAUCCAUCAACAAUAACCAAUACUAAUUAUCCAUGGGUGUAUAUUAAUGCUAUUUUAUUAAAAAAUUGGCAAUUGAUUAUACCAUUGAAAAUUGAACAAAUUUUCACUCAUAUACGGCAUCAAAUUGAUAGUAUAAAUCAAUUGAAUUCUUCUGUAAUAUUGAAUAGCAUACCUAGCGAUCGUGUGGACAAUAAUAAUAAUAAUAAUAACAGUAGCUCACUUCCAAGAUGUUUCAUUCGUCUAUUGUUAAAACAAGGCAAUUUAUCAAUGAAAUUGCACUCAGAAAAUGUUGAUGAAAAUGUAGGACAACUGAAACUUCUCAAACAAUUAUUUCUUCAACAAGGAUUGAUCAUUGAACUAAAUGAACAUGGUGUAUUUCAAAUCGCAAUUGAUCAAUAUCCAAUGAAUGCAGAACCAAUUCAUCAUACUAUAAAUGAUCAUCAUAAUGCUGCAAACCAUGACAACAGUCAGUUAUUAUCAGAUUCAUCUUCUUCUCCUCAAAUAAACACUACCAAUUCAUUUCAUAAUAUCUUAAUUAAUCGAUAUGCUGCAGAGAAUAAACUAUUGAAAGAUAAGAUUGAAGCUUUAACAAAUGAAUUAAUGCAACUCAAAUCAACCACGCAUCAUAAUGUUCAAUAUUCAUCAACGAAUUAAAAAGAAAAAAGAAAUCUUAUUCAUCACAUUGUUUGUAUAUUUAUGAAAUCAUUUAUUUAUUCUAUUGGCUUAUUAUUUUUCUAAUCAUUUUCCCAAUCAUUGAAUUAAUUUUCUUAUGUAAAAAAGACAUGUUGACAUGUCUAUCUAUCUAUCCAUCUCACGCAAGAAAGACAUGUCGACGUGUCUAUCUAUCUAUCUAUCACUCAAAACAGAAAUGCUUCUUUGUAAAUAGAUCAACAAUAUGUAAAUGAUCAAAGUGUAAUUUGUGUACAGUCACUGAACCAAUUGAUUUGUAUAUUCAUGAACUUAUUUUUUUUCUCGGAUCAUUUUCUCUCCUUUUUUUAAUUUAUUUACUAUUUUUAUUUUUGUUGACUUGUUGAAUUCUAAACAAUAUUGAUUACUUUUCUUUUUUUAUAUAGUAACAAGUUAUUCUUUAAUUUUUCGCUGUUUCUUCCUUUUUUGUCAAAUUUGAACAGAGAAAAGAACAGGGUAAUUAGAAAUGCAUACUUGUAGAAACAAAACAAAGUUAUUUUAUUACAAUGAUA